AUUAGACCAUUCCAACUAGGAAAAAGAGUAUGGGAACAGGCCACAGUGGCAAAAAGACAUGACGAAAGUUCCUAUGAAGUCGAGACGGAGAAAGGGACCUACCGAAGGAACAGGGCAGACCUUCGUGAGCAGCCCAUACCACAGAGGUCCCCACAGCGGACACCACCAGUCCAACAAACCUCUGAACAGACACCGUCAGACACUCCAAACAAGAAUCAGGAAAAGAUUCAAGCUGGGGCCAACAGCACCCAGGAAGGAUCGGUCCAGUCGGGGGCCAAUCAGCAAGUAGUACAUGCUCCUGCAGCACAGCGCCCCAAAAGGACCGUCAGAGAACCUGCCUACCUAAAAGACUACUUGCACUAA